CUGCAGUGUUUAAAUACUGCUGCUCAUACAUGGACUUUUCUCUCUCUUCACCCUCUCUCUCUACACCUUAAAACAAUGUCAGAUACGAUCGAGCCUUUUGAAGUUCCAUCCUUUCCAUCAGAACAGCUUGCGCUACUUAAAGACAAAUUAAGUAAACCCGUGUAUCCGAACGAGCUCGAGGAAGAUUACAAGUGGGAUUAUGGUGCUCCGAGCUGGGCUGUCAAGUCUUUGGCUAGCAAAUGGCUUGAGAACUAUGACUGGGAAAAGCCGCGCGCCGAAAUGAACCGAUGGCAUCACUAUCAUACAAUGAUCGAUGACUUGAAGAUCCACUUUAUACAUGAACCUUCGUCAAACCCUGAUGCUAUACCUGUUAUGCUUGUUCACGGCUGGCCGUCGACAUUUUAUGAAUUUCACAAGCUUAUCGAACCACUCCGUGAUGGUGCCAAUGGCGGGCAGGCGUUCCAUGUUGUUGUUCCAAGCUUGCCUGGUUUCGGCUUUUCAGAAGCACCCAAGGCACGCGGAUGUGGUGUGACAAAAAUGGCGGAGAUUCUAAACGCGCUAAUGGUCAAAUUGGGAUAUACACAAUACCUCCACCACGGGGGCGACUGGGGGGCGAUUAUUGGUAAAUACAUUGCUACACGUUACAAUACCAACUGCAAAGCCUUCCAUACUGGUCUACCUUUCUGUCUCCCACCACUUCCGACUCCGCGUAACCUGUUGUUCUAUCCAUUCAAAAUCGCCAAGUUUGGUGCAAGUUUGUUGCUUGGAUUUGACCGCGUGUACGGUAAAGGCAAAACUAUUCUGAACGGUGCAACAUUUGCCAAUGCCGAGAUGUAUGAUGGAUGUGGAUACAGAGCUAUUCAGGGUACAAAGCCAUAUACGCUGGCAUAUGGAUUGACGGACAGUCCGUUAGGGCUGAUGGCAUGGAUGCUAGAAAAAUACCACGAAUGGUCGUAUCAUCCACCUGCCAAACGUGAUAUUCAAGCUCUACCCGAGACAAUCACUCCCGAAGUCUUCCUGACACAGGUCUCGCUCUACUGGCUCACUAAUACCAUGUCGUCAUCGAUCCGUAUCUACUAUGAGUGCCUGCGUCAAAAGGAAAUGCUCAAAGUUGUACUCCCACGUGUCAAGAUUCCCGUUGCGAUAUCUGCUUUUGCAUACGAUAUCUCCAAGCUACCGCAAGACUGGCUCGAAACAGCCACGGAUCUUCAUCAGUAUUCUGAAUAUGAAUCUGGAGGACAUUUCCCUGGAUUAGAGGAGGCGGAAUUGUUGACUGAUGACAUCCAGAGAUUCGGAAAGGUCUUGAAAACCAAGAAAGUCAUCCAGUAGAUCGUAUACGGCUAUAAUCUUUUUAAAAAAUCUUUUCUACAAGGUCAUCUAUCAAAAUCAACGUGAUUUAAUGCACAGCGAGUUAAAGAAUUUCAGAGUAGAUUGUAUAGUAGCUAACAUUGGAUAGUGUCGUGAUUGCGUAUAUGUGUGUUAUCUUUGGUAAACGCACGAUGAUCACUACUGACUAAGCAGCAUGUCAGUGUCCUUUCAGACUUGUACAGUAAAUGGCAUGACAAGGCUUAAACAUACAUAGCCCAUUUUAAAUCAAGAUUAUGAGCACGUCUAUAUCUACUCUUCGUUAAAAACACAUACUGUAUCGUCAAGGAUAUACAGAUGAUCUGAUUUUUUUAAAUAUAAAUACCAUUUUUUUCCUGCA